GCGCCGCCUCCCGCCCCUCAGGCGCUGCGCGCGCUGCCUUCCGUCCCUCUCCUCAGGGGCUGUGCGCACCGCCUCGUGCCCCACCCUUCCCGUCCGUGGUCUUCCCCUCAGCUCCGCUUCCCUUCUUUCUGUCCCAUCGGUCCCGCGUUGGGCCAUGUCGGCGGAGCCGCCGGUGAAGGUUCUGUCGGCGCAGCUGCGCGGGGCGGAGCGCGGCGCGGGCGGGACGUGGCGGCUGUGCCGAGCAGCGUCGGGGCGUGCGCCGCUGAGCCUGCGCGCCGUAUGGAUGCAGGGCGCCGUGCUAGAGCUGCGGCGCGGCGGCUCGGCCCGCCUGCAGGACGACAGCGGCGCCUUCACCGUGCUGGGGCUGCAGCGGGUGCCGCGGGGGCGGCGCGGGCUCGAGCCAGGGAUGUAUGUAAUGGUGAUGGGUGUGGUGAGGUCCUGCAGUCCUGAGCCAGUCCUUCAAGCAAUAAAGAUAACAGAUCUUUCUGAAAACCCUGUGCAUCAGGAUAUGUGGAGCCUUGAAGUCGAGGAUUUGCACAGAAUCAUCCCCUAGAUACUUUUUCUUUGCCUAAAUCCUGUUCUGUACGAAUGGUGCUCUGCACAGACUUUGUCACUGGUCUAAUGUGAUAUUCACCGUCGAUGUGGUCAGGUGAGUGCCUGGAAGCCCUUGGAACAUCCGGGAUCCCGUUGAGCAGGGCACUGUCUCCAGCUGCGGCUUCCUGUGCCACGCCAGCGUGCAGCAGCCUCCGCCUGCAUUGACCUGGGCUCUGGCUGAACUUGGUGGGCUUCAAGUGUGGUUCGGAGGGCCUGGCUGAGUUUGUGCCUGUCAUGAGUAUCUGGACACAAAAAAUGCAUUUGCAUAACCGGGGAACAUCUCAGAGACGUGUCAAUGUGCCUGGCACAAUAGUUGUAGUUUAAAAUGUUUAUGGGUGUUUGUUGUCCCCUGUGCAAUGCUGUAUGCAGCUUCUAGGAGACCCAGUCUCUGCAUCCAACGCAGUGUUGCUGUUGACAGCUGACAUAUAAUCACCUCUUUCACUUCCCUGUAUUUCUGUAUCCCUAGCAUUGCUGCAGUUAUCUGGAAAGUAAAGUAGCUCUUUUGAAUCUUGCACGCUACUUGCUGACAUUUUACUUUGUUCUGGCAACUGUCCCCUUGGUAUUUUAUCAAAGGUAUUUGGUGUGCUUAGCAUGCGUUAAGUGACUGGGGAAGAAGAUUAUGCAUUUUUUUUAAUCAAUAACUGGUAUAAAUAUUCUUUAACUUUUAGAACUCUCAUACAAUUUUGGCUUUGUUAUGAAACACGUCUUCUCAGUAAGUAAGCAGUUUUAUAGCUGCUUAUUACACAGGAAAACUUGAUUUCUACCAUGUUUUGUAAAGCAGCAGUAUUUCAUGCUUGUGGGAAUCCUAGCAAUUGUAGGCGUUUUUCCUGGCUAGUGUGAGAAUCAUGUUUUGCACAAAAUUUGUGUAAAGCUACUGUGUAAGUGUUCAGAUAGCGAUCCCAGACUAAAGCAGCACGUACAGGAUAACUGAAGCCAGCUGCUAUUUUUAUCUCUAUGAUAUAUACUAUAGAAGCCAUUUAAACUCAGCCAGUUCUAACUGUAGAUCAGGACAACUUUAUUCUUGUGGGUAAUCAGUAAAAAUGUACUCCAGCAUAAAAAUGAGGUCAAAUGUUUAUUAACAUUAUUUCAUAGUUCAGAACACCAUUAUUUCAUAGUUUGCAUGUUAUGCAAAAACAGCUGAAGGAUUUUGCAGUGUUACUAAGGAAUAAUUGCAUUCCUGGUACUCUGUGGAAAAAUGUAAAGCAUUCUGUUUUAAUCAGCAGGCUUACUAUAGAUAUAUAUAUAGAAAGUAAUUUUAUAUAUAUAUAUAUAAAGUAAUUUAUGAAACACUUUCAGAUACCAGUAUCUGUAACACCCUAAGACUAUUUUAUGGAUAGCGUAAGUAUCAGUCACCUUUUCCCAGCACAGAAACUGAUUUCUGAGAAGGGGGUUCUAAAGACACAAAGGGAGAAUAUGAAACUUUUGAGCAGAUACCAAGAAGGCUGUUUCUCAUUUAACAAUGUAUGCAUGAAUAAGGGAAAAAUCAACCAGCAUAGCAAUGAGAAAAUGAUUAAAUGCUUUCAACUGUUUAACUGCCUUAUUUCUGUCUUAGCCCUCUUGCGUGUUGGGGCACUUCUCUGGAAAAAGGUCGCUUUCUCAAGAAUUUUCUGAACAGCUCAGUUUCAGUUCUGUAGGAAAAAAGAAGUCAGCAACUUUGCACAGGUUCAAAGCCAAGAUGCUGCUUUCACAAAGUAACCCACUUGUACUAAUCUGAGCUGGAAAAGACCUUUGGUUAUAUUUUAAAUGUAUUCAUGCUAUAGUUCAAGGUGUGCAAAGAGGCAAUUUUGCCACUGAACUCAAGAACCGUUUUAAAGUAACUGAUACUCUUAUGUCAGAUUUCUUCUGGUCAAUGAUAGUUUCUUGUCAGUGUGCUGAAAUCAUUCCUCUUGACCUCAGGUGUUUCCGGGUGAAAAGCUUUCUUUUUAUACCAUAUAUGCUUAAUUAUAGUCAAAGUCCUAACACUAAUUCAUUCACACUUCUACUGUGCAUAGUAGUUCUCCCUACUAUUGCUUCUAACUUGUCAACUUUAAGCAGCUGUUCUAUUUUCAGUGCUGAAAGGGUUCUUCCAUCUUCAGGACUGGUAUCUCCCACUCAGAACUGGCUUAAACUGAAAUGAAGAGAUGAAGUCCAGUUAAAUGAUUAGUAAAUACCUAAAGGAUGGAGGGUAACAAGUGACAUGUAAUACAAGCUAUUACUAUGCUGAAGUACAAGAAAUCUAUGAAGGAAAAAAUAGCAUCAAAUAUACAUCAAAAAGUUGUGGGAAAAAAUACUCUAACAUUUUAGACAGUUUUAUCUUAGAUGCACUUAACUGAAGUAAAGAUUUUGAUUCUUCAUGUUUGAUGGUAAAUUCACAUUUAGGAGGAAAAGAGCAGCAUUACAACUAAACUUACGGCUAAUUCAACUGUCCAAUAGCACAUCCUUGACAAGAAUGUAUUUCUAGAAGUACUGCACUGGCAGUUAGUACUGGCUCAAAUUGUCUCUUGUUCUCAUGACCUUAGUGGUUGUUGGUUACAAUGGGUGACUUGCAUGGCCAUUACAAACUCUUUCAGGAUACCAAACCUAGUACUCCCCUACUGCAGUUUGGUCUGUUACACUUCCUUCUCUUGUAAAUAUGUAAAUAUGUUUACAUAUUUCAAGACUUAUCUCAUGUUCUAUCAGGUGGUAGUGAGUUCACAAAUGCAAAUGAAUAACAUUUCAUUACAUAUAUUACAAUCCCUACCCUGUUUUCUCAUUGCUAAGCCUUAGCAAAGCUUGGAGCAUAAAAGUUAGGAGUGUAAACCCAAGUGCUUAAUUCCUACCAAAAGUAUAGUUAGCUCUUCUGCAUGAUUCUGUCAUUUACUUACAGUACAUGUUUUCAUUGCAGUCUUGUAAAAAUAUAGUUACGUAGUAAGUUUUGCAAUGCAGAUGAAUAAAAUAAAUUUUAGGCACCUUCUUGGUCAUUUCUCUUAAGACAGCAAUAUGUGAAUAGUCAACAAUACUACUCAAGUGGUAAUAGUUACCAUUGUUUAUAUAUCAUUAUCUAUAUAGCAACUUGUAGUCCAUAAGUAUUGUUCAAAGAAGGCACCACACCCAGAAUUUCCAGUGGGGACAGACUAUAGGAAAGAUGUACAGUAUAAACUAGUGAACAUCCAUCAUAUGGAGAACCCCUAAAUAUGCAGCAGCUGUCUGCCUUCAGCAGUAAGGUAUUUGGGAUUACUGCAGUUCUCCAGCGCAGGCAGCUCCUUCUUCUUCAGCUACUUAGAUUGCAAAAGAGCCAAGCUGGACAGGAGUAAGAGAACAUAUAUUGGAAAUGGCAACUGUACGGUAGCUGAUGUAACUGCAGUACUAAUAGUGCAGUUGCUUUGGAGAAACAAAUAAAGAGGGGACUGAAUUUUAUUAUUUACAAUUAUUUUGGGGCUGUGUGCUUAAACAGGUUGUUUUUUUAACACAAGAAUUAUUUCCUUGAAAUUCUGCACUUACUAAAUAAUACAGAUCCAGCUAGCGGAACACACUCCUGUCUCUUUUAGAAGCACAACUGUCCUAAUCUAGUUUCUGCAGCAGUGUGCAAUGCAGUAGUGUGUGCCCUUUCACCAAAAGCGUUAGGAUCCGUAACUAACAUGCACAGUAACAACAGAAGUGGGGAAGGAUUGCAAUGCCCCAGAUUGGCAUUCAGUUUCAAGUUACUGCUCUUUUCAGCUUUCUUUGCAUUUUUAAACAGGUUCUCAGAAGACAACUAUCUGAAUGAUAGCUGUAUUAAAAUAAAAGUAGUAAUAAUCUUAGUCCUAGAAUAAGUUUAAAGAAAACAGAUUUCAUUUAAAAAGGCUGAAAAGGACACAAACAGGUCAUUUGAGUAUGUUCUGUGUGCCUAUAUAGUAAGUAUUACUGUUAAUAUUAAUCCAAAUGCAUUAAGACACAAAAAGAUUGAAACAAAAAUAGUAUCUGAAAAGUGGAACUCCUAGGGACACUUCACCCCGUAUUCUGCAAGUAUUCUUCAGCCUCGUUCUACAUAGCAAAUCAGGAGGGAAUAAGAAAGCCAUGAGAGUAGGAACUGGGUGGGUUAUGGUGAGUGAACAGGAGGAAAGGAGAGAGACAAGGAGCAAGAACAAUUCCAGGAACAGGAUCAUUUUGCUCAUACCCAUAGUCGGAUUCAUUAGUUGCAGAGAUGUAAGCACUGUAGUGAUGCAGUCAGAACGUUCAAAAUGGAAAGAAAUGAA